AAAAUAACGGCGCUUAGAGCGACGGGCGCCAUUGUUGAGGAGUUUACUGAGCUGAGAUGAUGUAUUGAAUAAAGUUAGUUUAUAAAUAUAACACUUUAUAUCGUGCCAGAGAGCAGACUACACAAACCGAGACUUGGGUUAAUAGUUCUACAACACAAUAGAGAUGGCCCUCCGUGUCGCUGUGAGCGAUGGAGCUGCUGGAUCCAGACGGGCCUCUCGGGUUCGAGUGGCGGUUCGGCUCAGGCCCUACAUGGAGCCGCAGGAUGAGAAGAAAGAAGGGCCCUGUGUCAGGGGUCUGGGGCCUCAGAAGCUGGAGAUCAUCAACUGGAGGAACGCCACUGAGACCCUGCAGUACCAGUUCGACGUGUUUCAUGGUGAACAGACCACACAGCAGGAGGUGUUUCUGACCUCGGUCAAGCCCAUCCUCCCUCACAUCCUUAAUGGUCAGAACGCCAGUGUCUUUGCCUAUGGACCCACCGGAGCAGGUAAGACCCACACCAUGCUCGGCAGUCAAGAGCAGCCGGGCGUUAUUCCCAGAGCUGUCAAGGAGGUCUUCAAGCUGGUUGACGCUCAGGAGAAGGAGCAGGAUGGUUGGGAAUACUCCGUUGGGAUGUCUUACCUUGAGAUCUACAAUGAAAAGGUGCUGGACCUGUUGUCCCCAGGUUCCCAGGACCUGCCCAUCCGUGAAGACAAGGACCGAAACAUCCUCAUUCCCGGACUAACGCACACACCCCUUUCAUCCUUUACCGAUUUCGACACUCAUUUUAUCCCCGCGAGUCUAAACCGCACCACGGCCUCGACUAAACUCAACCAGCGCUCCAGCCGCAGUCACGCUAUCCUCCUCAUAAAGGUAGUGAAGUCUCAGCGUGGGCCGCCACACAGACAGCAAACAGGAAAGCUGUAUUUAGUUGACCUGGCAGGUUCAGAAGACAACCGGCGCACAGGAAACCAGGGCAUCCGUCUGAAAGAGAGCGGGGCCAUCAACCUGUCCCUCUUCACCCUCAGUAAAGUGGUGGACGCUCUGAACACAGGGGCCGGGGGCCGCGUGCCCUACAGAGACAGUAAACUGACCCGUCUGCUGCAGGACUCUCUGGGGGGUUCGGCCCAUUCGGUCAUGAUCACAAACAUAGCACCGGAGUACAUAUACUACUUUGACACCUUCUCAGCCCUUAACUUCGCUGCCAAGUCUAAGCAGAUUGUCAAUCGGCCCUUUGUCAGGGAAACCGUUCUGGCUCCUACGAUUGCUCCUGGAAAGAGAGCCAGAGAGGAACAGGAGGCUGGAGGUUCUGGUGAGCCCCAUAACAAAAAGUCUAAAGAGGGCAAGAAAGCUGAACGGUCCUCGUCUCCACCCAUACAUCCACACAGUUCACCAGAUUCUACAGUUCUGGAAAGACUUCUGGCCCUGGAGAAGAUGAUGAUGGGCUCGGCUGAAAGGGAGAGACUCAACUUGCUCAAAACUGUAGCACAGUCCCGUAAGGAAAUACAGAUGUUGAAGGAGAAACAGAAAGAGCUGGAGGACAAAGCAAGCAUGUUUAACAAGCACAGUGAAACCACCGAGAGGGAGUCCAAAGAUGCGCUUCUCUUUAAAACAGAUCUGCCUCCACUGCACAGAAAACAGUCUACAGCCGCCAAACCACGCAAACAGCAGGCAGUGGUCACACCGUUACAGGUCUCUCAGGUGCAGCCCUUGCAGCAGUGUGCUGUGGUGUGUAAACCCUCACAAUUCUUGGAUAAAAAGAAGAAACGUGUCCAAACCGAGGUGUGUGAGGGGAAGGAGAACGGAGGUGUGGAUCGUCCCCCUUCUGAUGAGCUCAACUGGGAGUCCCAUCUGGAUUCAGCAUUACUAGAGCAGUCCAGGAAGAAGAUCCUGCAGACGCUCAACUCCGGCUCUCUGAAGGAUCUCAAGAGCCUGCAGCUGAUCGGAGACAAGAAAGCCAAACUGAUCAUGGGCUGGAGAGAGAUUCAUGGGGACUUCACACAGUUGGAAGACCUGAGGAAAAUAGAAGGCAUUACAGCUAAACGUUUCUCCUCUUUCAUAAAGGCCAAUAUUCUCAGCAGUAUGGGAAAGUGAAGCGCCUGAGCCACUGUCUGAAGAGGAGCGUUUGUUUUUAAGAUGUUUUUACAGAUUUUGUACAGGUUUUUUUUUUUUUUUUUAUUCCCCAAGCUUCUAUUUACUUGACUGCUUUUUCCAUGUUUUCUAUCAUUUCGGCAAACUAUUUUUGCCUUUUUAGUAUUUAAGUUUUUUUUUUUAUUAUUGUAAUGGACUGAUCAUUUAUCGCGGCACCAAAUAAAUGCCACCAUCACAUAAA